AUGGACGCGCGAUGCCAAUGCGGAGCCGUCUGUUUUAAGACGCCACUUCCUGAGCCGCUGGCUCUGUACAUCUGCCAUUGUGCAGAGUGCAAGCGCCAGACGAGCUCAGCCUUUGGUGCUUCCGCCAUCUUUCCUCGCUUCAAGCUCCCAGAGGCUGAAUUACUUAGCUGCUAUGCUCGGCCCACGGCCUCUGGACAAACAUUGUACUGCUACUUUUGUCGAAGUUGCGGAACCCGAUUACUUCACGCGACACCGCAGACAAAAAAUGUGGUAUCUGUCAAGGGCGGAUGCCUCGAAGGCUUAGACUGGGGCAAGGCCAUUCAUCUCUGGACCAAGAGCGCCAUGGUCCCUAUCCCCGAAGGCUCUGAAACUCACUCUGAGGAUUCGGCAUCGACCGAUUACGGCUCUACUCAAGAGUUUCUAGAUCAGCCUCUCGACCAACCUGGAUCCGAAUUGACCAGCUAA